UCUUUUUCUCUUUCCCUUGGUGGGAAUUUUGGGAUAGCAAAGGCUUCUUCUUUAUCUUCUCUCUCUAAUGCCUUUGUUCGCUGACCAAUAACCCAAAUCUGUCUUCUCCCUCUUGUAGACAGAGAAAUUAGAAGGAAGAAUAAGAAUAAUAAGAGAGAGAGUGAGGAGAGUCUCGGCCAUGGACUCGUCGCCUUCAAUCGAUGCCGUUCCGGGGCUCAAAGAGAAAGAGUCAAUGGUUGACCCUUUCUUGGUUGAGGCUCUCCAAAACCCUCGUCACCGUCUCACCAUUUUGCGAAUGGAACUUGAUAUCCAGAGGUUUUUGCACAAUUCUGAUCAACAGCAAUUUGAGUUUCAACACUUCCCAACAUCUUACCUAAGACUGGCAGCACAUCGUGUUGCUCAACACUAUGGUCUGCAAACUAUGGUUCAGGAUGGUGGAUUAGAUGGUCAAGGAAAUAGGAUUUUGGUCAGAAAAACAGCAGAAAACAGAUAUCCUGCAGUUCGUUUGUCUGAAAUACCUGCAAAACAGUUGGAGAGUGAUAAGCCAGAGCAUGUUAAAAUUGUGAUCAGGCCUAGGCCUAAUAAAGGGUCUCUAAAUGGAUUAAAUGAACUUGGGACAAAACGAAAUUCUUUUAGAAGUGUUGAAGAGAGAAAGGAGGAGUAUGAUAGGGCACGAGCUCGUAUUUUUAGCAGCCCUAACAGUCCUGAUUCAGAUGACACCUUGUCACAAGCUUCAGUGGAUGUAAAACCUGUAGGCUUGAGCAGGGAUGACAAUGAUAGUGGCAGGAACAUGAUUUUUGACCCAGAUAAAAAUAUGAGCAUCAGGGAUAAUAAUCCGUCCCGAGUUGCCAUUUUCAGGGAUAGGGAGAAAGAUCGAAUUGACCCAGAUUACGAUAGAAGUUAUGAAAGGUAUGUUAGGAAUCUUCCAACCAAUCAGAACUUCAACUUGGCACAUUUUAAUAUGCAAAAGAUUCAACCUCCUUUUGUCCAGUAUGAUCCCAUCUUUUCUCAGCUAGGCCAGAUGCCCAGGGCUCAGACUUCAUUGAACUACGGUCCAGGACCGUCUAGCCCAAUGAUGAACCCUUUCUGUGCCAUGGGAUUGAAUCAGACUUCUAGAGAUGCUGCAUACAUACAAUGGUCUACUGCUGCAAUGAUGUAUGCACAUUCAUAUGAACAGUCUAGACAUGCUGGAUUCCAGGCUCCAUUGUGUCAACAACCCUUAAGCUUUGAUUAUUCACAAAACCAUUAAAUGACAUGACAUGUGGGGUUGGGGAUUGUAAUACUAGUAGAUCUACAUUCAGAUUUCUAUAUACAUUUUAGGUUCUUUGUUUGAGACUUGGUCAUUUCAGACAGACAGUUCUAGUAUGAGUCUUUUUUUUGGAUCUUAUAUUUAGUGUGUAAUGAUGUCGCUCUUUAUUGGACAAUGUCGUCUUGAGUGAAUUUCUAGUUCACGCUUCCUGUGCUCUCUUUGUUAAUUUAUUAUAAUUCUCAUUCGUUAUAAUGUAUUUCUCUUUGACAAGUUUUUUCUGCUUGUACUAAAAAUAAUCUUGGGCAUGUGUCCAUUUUUUUUGGUCA